AUGGACGAACAAGGGGUAUAUUGCCAAGCAUUUGCGGAUGAUGUUGUUCUUGUUUUCUCCGGACACAAUACGCAAGACAUAGAAAUCAAGGCAAACACAGCUCUUGAACAAAUUAAUCAAUGGGGAUCAUUAAAUAAAUUGAAAUUUGCGGCACAAAAAACGCAUGCUAUGUUGAUAACCAGGAAAUUUAAAUAUGAUACCCCACACCUUAACAUGGGCGGAAAGGAUAUAACCCUCGUCAAGGAAAUCAAAAUCUUGGGUAUUACCAUUGAUUCAAAACUGACAUACAAAAAACAUAUCUCUAAUAUCUCUAAGAAAGCACUUAACAUAUACAAACAGCUGUCUAGAGCAGCUAAAGUUUCAUGGGGCCUAAACCCUGAGGUUAUAAGGACGAUAUAUGCUGCAGCCGUGGAGCCUAUUGUUCUAUACGCCGCUAGUGUAUGGGCCAAAUCUUUGGAACAAAAGGGUAUACAAAAACAACUCAAUACCAUACAAAGGGAAUUUGCCCAGAAAAUAUGUAAAGCUUACAAAACUGUCUCAUUACACUCGGCUUUACUACUAGCAGGUCUGGUACCUCUGGACUUGAGAGUCCAGGAACAAGCAAAGCUGUACGAAGCUAAGAGGGGACGACCACUUGAAUAUCUGCCCGAUGAUCGUGAGAUAGAACAGAGAAUAAGCUUUAUGGACGCGGAACACCCUGCUUUUAAUAAAAGUAUAGACUACUCUUGCAUUGACAGUCUCAACCUAGAAACGAUACAAAAACAUCGCAUAGAAGGUGCUUUCAUCUUCACGGAUGGAAGCAAAAUAAAGGGAAAAGUAGGGGUGGCUAUAUCUGUUUGGGAACGUGGCGUGGAGACAAAAGCCAUGAAGCUUAAACUAGAACCAUUCUGCACUGUCUUUCAGGCUGAAAUGUAUGCAUUGGAUAGAGCAGUACGCCAUAUAAAAGAUAAAAAUAUCCAAAAAUCUAACCUAUUUAGUGACUCAAAAUCUUCCCUUGACCUGAUAAAAAGGCAUACAACCACACAUCCACUGGCAUGUUCAAUAAGGAAAAACUUGAUAGCCAUUCAAAAACAAGGGAAAGCAUUACAUAUUUUCUGGGUAAAGGCCCACGUAGGUGUUGAGGGUAAUGAGAGGGCCGAUCAUCUUGACAAGGAAGCAGCGUUAUAUAAAAGAACUAAGGCGGACUACGAUGCAUGCCCAAUUUCCUACAUAAAACACUCUAUAAGAAGUGACACACUCGAAAAAUGGCAAAAUAGGUAUGGCAAAAUACCUCAGGAUCAACUGCCGGAACAACUAAGUUAUUUUUACCAAAUGUCAAACAGGCCUACAAAAUUCUCAAACAAACCAAACUAA